GAAGUUGAUCGCAUACGCCUGGAGCUGGCUGAAUAUCGAGCAAGAGAAGAACGAUUACUUGCUGAGAAAGAUUUCUUAAUGAGAGUACAGCAGAAGGAGAUUCUAGAGAUCGAAAGUCUUCUAGCUGAAUCGUCAUUCGAUGCUAAAAAAUUCUUUGAGAGCGACAUUGCACGUGCCAUAAGGGACAUUAAGGACGAAUACGAACAAUCUCAUAAUCUAGUCCGCAAAACAGUAACUGGUUAUUAUCACCAGAAGGCUGGUGAAAUCCGUAAAAUUGUGGAAACGAUGAGUGCUGAUGAAAAUAAGCUUCGACUGGAGCAAAUAGCUAAAAUGGAGCACUUAUUGGGUGAUUUGCGAUCGAGGUUCAUUCCUCUAGAAGAACAGAAUCAAAUGCUAGAGAAUGAAUACAGGCAGCUACAAUAUCAGGUACAACUUUAG